UCUCAUACAGGUGGCUGGAUAUGUUUUUGACAUCUCAGAGACAGGCGGAUAGGUUUCCUCCCGAAGAGGCUCUCUCGUGUUAAGCUCGAACUGCUUGGCCUCAGCUCGUCGAAAGAGAAAGUAGAAAAAAAAAGAGAUGAACAGCCCUGUUGUGUUUAACAUCAUCAUCAUCGUUUUGUUGCAAGUUUCGAGGAUAAGUAAUGGUGGGAUUCCAGGUAAUAUUUUGAUGCGGCGAAUACGAGCUGGCCUACAAGGUGCUGGAGGGCCAGUAGGCGGCGGCGGAUUUUUCGGUGGACCUGGACCAGAUGGAGGUGUCGGCAUGAGAGGCUCUAGUCCAGAUUCCAGGAUGGGACCAAACAGAGAAAUAUUUCCAUUCGGAGGCAGAGGCUUAGGAGACUCCGUCCUAGGCCCAGGAGGCCCCCCGUUUCGAGGGCCUCUUCGAGAAGAUGCCACGCCCCGACACCUGAUUGACUUCACUGGAGGUGGUGGACACCUACCUGGUCCUGAUAACUCACGAAGUCUGCCUUCUAUGAGACCACCAACUGGUCCAAGAUUUCGUGACGAAAGUGGCGAGGGCAGUGAGGAAGGCCUGUUUGGGCUCUCACGAAAACCGAAGGAACUACGAGAACGUGAUCACGCUGAGCACCAAAGAGGUUCGGUGCGAGGUUCUCAAGAUGGUAAUGCAGGAAUUCAUGGCGGGAAACACAGUGAGCACGGCUUCCACGGAGGACCACUUGUCGGGAUUCACGAUCUAGGUGACCACGGAAGUGGUUCCAAGGUAUCCACCAGUGGCCACGGCAGCGGGCGUUCUCAUAGGCGUGCUUCAAACGAUGAGGAUGACUACAGGACAGAGGAAAAGGAUGACAAGGCUUCUCACAAGGGACGAAGCGAGUCGAUCUCUACAUUCGAAGCGCUAUCGUUGGCGCGCCAGUGUUUAAAUUUGCUUCACGAUAUGCUCGUCCUUUUGACAACAAAUCGCAAAGAAUAAAAGCACGAAAUAAAAACUAGAAA